CCCAGUCCAUCUCUGCAAAAAGUUGAGUCAGAGUUGGUAGAAAGGUUUUGGAAGCCUGUUCUGGAUCCAGUCAAAUCCUGCUUAAGAGUACAGCUGAGAUCAUUUCCAGCCUCUGUUCCCUUACACCAUGGAAUUCUGGGCAUCUUGCUGGUCAAUAGGGAUUUGAAUAAAAGCUUGUAUACUGUGCAAGUUCAUCCUACUGAGGACAUGCAGAGAUCAGAUAUGAAAUGUAUCCUGGAACAGCGGCGGGCAGCUCUCCGUUCAUUUUAUACUCUUGCCAUGUCACGUUACUUCCGUCCAGACCACCAGGAUGGGAAAAUUCUGUACGAGGAGUCAUUUCCAAUGGGAUUCAGCCACCAGGCUCACCAGUGCUACACCGUCUCCAGCUCCCACAAGUGCUACGCCAUGAAGACCGAUCUGCACCUUCUCUUCCUUCUCUUUAAAACGGAUGUGCCUACGUUUAGCAUGCGGGCCAUUGCUAACAAAACCAUGCAAGUGUUUACCAAAGACUUCACUUUUUGA